AGCCAAUUCUCUUUCAAUUCAUCAAUCUUAUGCCAUGUUUUCCUAAUCAUAGCUGGCUUAGAUUUAUUCUUAAAACAGAAAUUGUCAAGAUGGCGACACCGAAGCCGGGAACAUCUAAAUCAAACAUUUCCAGAGCCAAUGCUUCGCAAAUUACCGAACCCUCCGAUCAUUCUCUUGAUACGGAGUUCCACUAUUAUUGCGCUCUCUUACAUGAACUGAUCCCGAACCUUCGCAACCCCGACGAGCAGGAGCACGCCAACCGAUGGCUGACGAAGCUAGUGGAACCGUCCCUGAAUGUACGCAAUCUACGCGACAAGCGAAACCGCUUUCUGAUGAUGCUUUGCAUAUGUCUGCUGAGCGGACACAUUCAGGCUCCGUUCAAUGCGGCACCGGUUACCAAACUGCCGGAAGUAUCGUCGAUCAAGAGACCAACGUUCGCACCGCCGGCGUGGCACGUGAGUGCGGCCGAGUGGAAAGACCACUUGUUGCUGCUGUCGGAAUUGUACAAGAAGUUGAAGAUACCGGCCAUCCGGAAGUGUCAAUCUCACGUUAAACAGUGUACUGGCGGUAAAGAUGCUCGAUCUACAUUCCUGGACAAGCAAUUCGAAUUCUUCCUGUAUCUCACCAAGUACUACAUGCACUCGUUAACUUCUUACCCUGAGCUACGGAUUGCCUGCAAGUGGAUCGAAGUUCUGUCGCAAAUCGAUAGAAACUGCUGUGCUCGAGCCAAGGGCAUCCGUAACGAUCAUCUGCUGGUGUUGAUGAGUUACCUCUUGCAGCAUCAGUUGAUGGGACCAUUUCGCAGACUACCGACCCAUCCACUGGAACCACUUAUGGAAACCGCCCGGAAGGUAGCCAAAAACAAACCCAUGAAUCGUAGCGACGGAUUGGGAAUCAAUUCAGGUGAUGAUUUUCUGAGUCAAUUCCCGAUUCCGGAGGAGGGAGCCUAUGCCUUUAUUUCACUUACUUCGGAUCUCUUUGAAAAAGCCGGGUUGUUAAUAAAUUCUUAGUUGUCAUAA